GGGAAGAUGCAGUCGAAGUGUUGUUUGGGAUCGACCUCAGUCUCUUCAAUUCUCAUCACCUCGACUCUGUUUCCAUUCGUCCCUCUUUUCAUCUGACCCGACGUGUCAACCAUUUUUUGUUUACUUUCAUCAUGAAAUUCUUUGCCCUGGCAUCCGUGCUGGCCCUGGCGGCAGCAUCGCCUACCCCUACUCACCCAGAGUCAGGAACAGCAAGACUGGCCAAGAGAGCUACUAUCUCGGACGCCGCGAACUUGGGGUUCGCAUCCCUUAACGGAGGGACAACCGGAGGUGCUGGAGGCACCGUGACAACCGUCUCGACGCUCCCCGAGUUCACUGCCGCCGUCAAUGAGAAGAACUCCGCGCCUGCCAUCGUUGUCGUCAAGGGAAUUAUUAGCGGAGACACCAAGGUCAGGAUUGGCAGCAACAAGUCGAUUAUUGGCUUGCCAGGCUCAGGAUUCAAGGGAGUCGGCCUGCACUUCCGGGGGCAGAGCAACCUUAUUGUGCGGAACAUUGUUUCGUCAUUUGUGACGGCGAGCAACGGGGAUGCCCUGAAGAUCGAGGAAAGCACAAACGUCUGGGUCGACCACUGCGAGUUCUUCUCCGAACAAGGCUCUGAUAAGGACUACUAUGACGGACUCGUCGACUCCUCGCAUGGAUCCGACUUUGUCACCGUUUCCCACACAUAUUUCCACGACCACUGGAAGGCCUCUCUCGUUGGCCACAGCGACAGCAACGGGAGCGAGGACAAAGGCAAGCUGCGCAUUACGUACGCCAAUAACUACUGGAAGAACAUCAACUCGCGGGCUCCCCUGCUCCGGUUCGGCACGGCGCACGUCUACAACUCGUACUAUGAGAACAUGAGCACGGCCGUCAACUCGCGCAUGGGUGCCCAGGCGCUGGUUCAGAGCACCGUCUUCAAAAACGUGUCGUUCCCUGUUACGAGCCGUGACUCAAAGGAGGUUGGAUAUGCCACGGUCAUCGAUACUGACCUGGGCGGCGGUGUGAACGAUUGCCCGGCUGGCAACAUGUCUCCUACCUCGGUUGGCUAUUCGUACACUCUCUUGGGGUCUGCAAAUGUGGCCAAUAAGGUGCCUCGCGAGGCCGGUGCCAUCCUCGCCUUUUAGGCACAAAACGGUUUACUUGGCUUUGGCUGCAUCGGUAUUCAGGUUUCGAGUUCGAUUCUUCUCCGGGAGGGAGGAAAGGUGCAAUGAUCCGGAGAUGGAAAGCACCAUGUGGCGUGCUACUUUGGUCAAGCGUGGAGUCAUCAGACGCCACACACUGGGCGCGUACGCCACUGUCACGGCGUCACGGUCCGACCCGUGUUGGCUUUGAAGUGGCACGUUUCACAACAGUAGCGGCGUCUACUGGACACUGCUUCGACUGACCCUCACUUCGACUGUACAUAUUCGAUUUAUUUCUGCCUAAUUCACCUACGAGUGCCGG